UCGUUCUUGUGUAACGAAUCCAUUUUCCCCGUCAGAAGUCUGAAGCGAAAAGGAAAAGUGUGGAAAUACGAACAGCGGCAAUGGAGGAAUCUCAGGAAAUCCUACUGAAUUCCCUCCAAAAAUCGGGUGUUUCAGUCCCUCCAGAUGUUUCCUCGAUUCGGAACUUAACUCCUCCGCUCUUGUUCUCGAUCUGUGCUCAAGUCUUGAAUCGAAUACAUGGCCAAACUCAAAUCCCCUACGCCACUUCUCUGCCGUACUCCGUCGCCGAUCAGUUCAAGAUAUGUACUGAAAUCGCUUCCGCUAUUAAGGAUCUGGGUUACAUAGGAGAUAUGAGCUUCCACAAGUUCUUGUAUCCAUCUGAAGAGGACUUGUAUAAGUUGAUAAGAUUCUUGGUGGAGAGACUUCCUGAAGUUUCUGAUGGAAAAUCCAAGGUUUUGGAAGAUGGUGAUGGCAGAAAAGAAACGAAAGCUGACACUCUCAAAUGCCACUAUGUGUCGGGCCAAUCAGACGAUAUCGACACUGAUGAUUCCGUUUUUACCCAUCAGAAGGUUGAGAACAAGCUUUCGGAUCUUAAUAUUAUUGUUGAAGAGACAAAAUCUUCAGAUUCCAGCGUCGGUCGAUUCUCUGAUUCCGGUGAAGCAGCUAUGUUUGAUAACCUUGUUAAUGCUCCCAAAGAUCAGUCUGAGGUUUCAGGAAACGAAUCAGUUGCAGUGCAGGGGAAUAAUGGACAAGUAUCAAUUUCCAGACAUGAAGUUAGUUCUUACAUUCAAAAGAAUGAUGAAGAUCAAGAGAUCAGACCAUUGGAAGAGGUCAGUACAAAAGCUUCUGAAUUAGAGCAUCUUCAUGUAGAGUUAGAAAGGUUGAAGGCAGCGACCGGAAUUGUAUUUGAUGAUAAUCGUUCGAUUGAAGUCCAUCUUCAGGAACUGGAGGAGCAAAUCAAUUCUAGAAAGCUGAAUCUUCUUGCAGUGAAGUCGGGGUGGGCUGCAGAGAAGGAGCUUUUAGAAAAUAAAAGGCGAAAUCUUCAAGAAUCACUAUGCGUAAGUAAUCCGAAGGCUCAAGAAAAGCUGCAAAAAUUGAGAGAGUUUGAAUUGGAAAAGCAGCUCAUUGAGUCGGAAAUCAGGAGGCGGGAGGAAGAAAAUUAUAAUCUCUCAACAGAGCUUAAGAAGCAGCCAAAACAGGCACCGAGACGAUCCUACAUCGAUAGGGUGAAGGAGAUCACAAAAAAUAGUCGGAAACAAGAUGCUGACAUCGACCGAAUCCUUAAAGAAACUAGAGCGCUUCAGCUAGAAAGUAACAAUAUUCAAGAACGCCUCCAUAGAACCUACGCAAUUGUGGAUGAGCUAGUUCUCAGGGAAGCAAAAAAAGAAGGCAUAGGCAAGAAAGCACACAAACUCCUGACUAGUAUCCAUGAGAAUUUCGGAGAGAUCUCGAACAAAAUCCUGUCCACGGAUAGAUUAAGAAGAGAAACUGCAGAAUACGAGAAGAAGAUAGGGGCCUCGGCAUCCCGAUGUUUAGAUUUUAACAAACUACAAGCUGAUCUGGAUGCUAUCAGGAGGGAAAAUAGUUGCCUAGAGCAAAAUCUCUGCCAUAAAAAACACAUUGACCAAAUGUAGAAUGUUUUCUGGAUUUCUUUUGUUUAGUGUAAAUCAAUCAUGCUUAUUGCAACAAUUACAUUCUAGUGCAAAGGAGAAACAAUUCAGUUCAAAUGACAUCAUCUGCUAUUACUUAAAUGGGUUUUUUUCAUUAAUUAGUUGGAUUGUGAUGCCUUAUGCAACAA